AUGAGCCGUCGAUAUAAGCCACAUGAGAGCUCCCUGGCGUCUUCCGAUGGACACGACCUUGUUCGUGCACAACUGCGCAGGAAGCGCCAGCAGCAACCUGGCAGUAGCGGGCGGCUGGCAGCUGGGGCUCGAUUUCUCGGCCGCUGCUCCGCUAAGCUGAGCCGAAUGUGGGGCGGCCGUCCGCUGCGAAGUCACUCGCUGCCCCUCUCUCCAGCUUUGCCGCAUCCGGCAUUCUUCCGCCCGCCACGCCCCGCCCCUCUCACUGCCGCUCCCAGCGGACUGUGUUGCCCCGGCGAUCCUUUCUGCACGCUAGGCUGGCCCUACACUUCGCAAAGUCCUUCACUUCUACUGUCACUUCUGGGUCACCUAGCACUGCAGCGCACAGUAGAAUUACUAGAGCGGCUAGACACGGAUGUUCCUGUGAGUGUACUUUUUGCCCGAUGUCCAUCGCGGCAGCUGCAAUGCAAUAGAGCGAGCGGAGAAGAAACACCGGGCAAGAAGAAGGAAAGGAGCACACAGGAGGCUGACAGCCGGGUGCACUUAAGGCCGUCCGGUACACACCGAGUGAGCCGGCAAAAGAAACCUCUGCAUAAAGUGUACCAGGAAGGACGGCCGCGGGAAGGAAGUGCGCUGCCCGCCGAGAUGGCUGCCAGACAACAAUGGGAGCGAGCGGCGAUUGUUGAGGAGAGUAGCGGCCGGCUUAUCUCGGGCGGCUUUCCUCUGAAAAGGGGAGCGGCGCCGUGGGACCGGCAGAGGCGGCCCAGCCAACCGCCAGAGCACCCGCCGCGCUACGAGUUCGGCUACGAGGUGCGCGACGAGCAGGGCGCGCGCCAGGGCCACGAGGAGGCGCGCGACGGCGAGCACGCGGCCGGCCGCUACUUCGUCGCGCUGCCCGACGGCAGCACGCAGACGGUCAGCUACACCGCUGACGACUGGGGCUUCCACCCGCUCGUCUCCUACUCGCGCUCCUCACAGACCUCCGCCAGCAGCGCCCGCAUCGCGCUGGGCGAGGAGGCCGUCGCCGCGCUGCACGGCAAGCAAGUAGGGAAGAAACUGAAACUUCCGAGUUCCAAAGUAGCUGUCCAGCCGCAGGCGACAGUGGGAGCCACUGUGGUGCAACCAGUCGUUCCAGUUUCUCCAGCAGUGACCGUAGUUACUCCCGCUCCCGUGACGCAGGCGACGCCUGUAGCAGCCGUGGUGUUGCCCGCCAGCCAGCAGCAGGAGCAAGUGGUGGCUGUCACUGCCGGAGGGUCCGCAGCGUCAGCCUACCAGCAGCAGAACGCCGUCUACCAGCAGCAGGGGGCUGCCUACCAACAGGCUGGGGCUGGAGUCUCCUCGGCCUUCCAGAGACAGGGCGCCGCCAUCACUGUACCUGUAGCGGCCCUGAUCAACGCGCUGGCCCAGGAAGGCUCGUCUGGAGCUGAAUCCGUUCAAGUAGCAGGCCUCCAGCAGCAGCAGUACUUAGUCGCUCCAGCUGCCCAGCAAGUACUUGUUUCCACAGCAGAUCAAGCGUCGCAAGCGGUCGUCUCAGAAAGCAUCACAGGAAGACGGCCCAGUUACGUAGCGGGAAUACAGCGAAUCAGGACGCAGCCGACGUUAUACCAGUCUGUAGCCUCUGGUGCCGGAGGUUCCCAGCAGCAAGCCUACACUGGGAUAUCGAAUGCAGGACUGAACUCAUAUUCUUACCAAGAUGCUGCCGUGCAGGGAGUCAGUGUGAAAUCCAGUGGUGCAUCCGGCUACCAGUCUGCUGCCACAGGAGGAACGACAGUACUGACCACAACACCGUCACCUCUGUUGAUACAGACCUCACCUGGCCCAUAUGCGCAAACAGAACAUUCACUAGUUACCACCACUGGAGUACCAAUUUUAUCUGCUCAGCAAGAGCAACAGGGAUCAGGUGUUGACACAGUGUCGACACUCAUUGUCCCUUCACAGGCUCCGCAGUUCGCUCAAGUUGUCGCUGUGCAAACGCAAGAAGUAACUGGAGCACAAAGUGUAGGCUAUCAAGCAGUGAACAAUUACCAGGCUACAGCUGGUGGGGUUGAAUAUAAUUCAGUGAACAGUCUUCCUACGCCCCAGGCUUUAAUUUCACCUUACGAUAAUAGAGGUGGCGCUCAUAUUUCGUCUUACGUUGCUGACGCAAAUGCGGCGUUGUUAUAUGGCUCAAGGAAAGCGGUCCGAUUGCCAAACGUAGGAAGCACCCUAUCGACUGCUCAAGCCUCAGUUUCUUAUAAUGAGGGCAGCAACCAGGUGGUCGAAUACAACGCUGUAACACCCGCAAGCGUCAGAACGUCCUUGAGACCCAUUGUAGUGGCUGACUUCCAAGAGAGCCAGCAGAAUAUCGCCACAGUCACACCGUCUCCAUUAGGUGUUUCAUAUUCGAGCACACCAUCUACGCCGAUAGUGGUUCCCGAUUUCAGCUCUUCCGCAGCAGGUUCAGCGUCUUCUGGCUCGUACUCUGGUUAUGCAGAGCAAGAAACUCAUGUCAGUACCCAACGGCCCAUAAUUGUCGAGUCAAGCACCACUUCAGGAUUGUACACCGCCAGCCCAACUGCAAGUUCUUUGGACGUCGUGACCAUCACACCGAGGCCCGAAGUGCUGCCAGUUCCUUCUGCCCUGGGAUCGUCGAGCCAGAAGCUCAGUAAAUAUGCAGUACAGGGACGCUUAUCGUCUUCUCAGUCAAGAUUUGGAGCUAAACUUAGAAGACCUUACUACUCAACGACGCCAGCUCCCCCACAGGUGACGGAGAAAGUUGAGGAGGAAUCCUCGAAUGUGGUAAUAUCUCAGAAUUCAAUACCGGCAGAGUACAAUUAUGACCAAAAUCAAGGAUUUCGCCUUCAAACAUCUCUGCCUGCCAUUUCUUCCACGCCUGCUCCAGUAAUUUACAGUGAGCAGUCCAGCGAGGAGGAAUCUAACGUCCAAAUAAACGUUAACCAAGUUGACAACGGAGUGCAGGUACAGCAAGAUCAGCAACAGCUCCUCUUGGAAGCGGUCAAUGGACUGCAGUACGAUAUUGGCAAGUUACAGGAGCAAGCGGUUAUUAAGACGAGAGAAGAGGAGGAACUCCUUCGGCAAGAGAAGCUGAGAGCGCAACACCAGGUACAGCUGAUAAAGCAAGCUCUGGCCGAAACUGACGCCAAGUUGAAGGAACAGUCGUUGAAAGAGGCGCAGUUGCGAGCGCAGAUACAGGCUGAGAAACAGGCCAUCCAGAGUCAGCAGUCGUUGUCUUACAGCGCGGGAUCAGUCGCUCAGGGGCAGUACCAACCAGUGGUCAACCGUAUACCGAGGCCAGAGUUGGUCGCCGAGACUGUAGUUCAGUCUUCCUACAACACGCAAGCCGGUGGUGCCACUGUAGAGAAUUUCCCUCCUGUCAAGUACGUCAUACAGAGCAAUGCAGAAGAACUGCAGCCGAUCGACGCCUACCAGAAUGGGAAAGUCCUCCAGCCGAGCCUGAGAGUGACGCCACUCCAGCCGGCGCUCGUGAACCCCAUCGGGCCGGGCGGGUUAUACCUGGUGUACGGGGGGAGGGUCCAACCGGUGGGCAGGCUGCCAGUGUUGUACAGCCAGCAGAGCUACGUGGACGCGAACCUGCUCAAGGCGCAGCAGCAACAGCAGCAGCAGACCUCUCUCAACUUCUUGGCCGACCUGCAGAAACAGGUGCAGGCCCAGUACCGGCAGGGGCUGGUGGUCGACGCCGGCGCCGGCGCGUCGCUGCCCGCGGUGAAGCAGCAGCUGACCUCGGGGCUGGUGGAGGCCCGGGUCCGCCAGCACGAGGCCGGCUCCAGCCCCAUCCGGCAGCUGCUGGAAGGCGAGAAGGAGAGCGCGGACAAGCACUCGGCCGAGGACGACCGACCGCGCAUCACCAUCGAGCAGACCAAGUACGUCGAGGUGCAGAGGCCGCUGCCGCAGCCGACCGCAAUCCCUCUGCCUUACCCUGUGCCGCAUCCAUUACAGGUGCCGCUUCAGCAACUGUUGCCACUUCCACCGCUGACACACCUUCCGUACAGGGAGUACCAGACGCUGUUUCCGACCAGGGCAGGCGCUCCUAAGGCCAUCAACUUCGGCCUGGCGGAGCUGUACCACGGACACACUGACUUUAGGGGAGAGAGGUACGGCGUGCCGCGGCAGCGCCUGCGGCCCGCCCCCAGCUACUAUUCGGCGCGCGGUCCCGCCCCAGGCCAGAAGUCCGGCCGCAGGAGGCCAACGGCCUACCAGCGCGGCCAGCUGCGGAAACUGUGCAUCGAGUACGGCGGCUUCAAGCCACCCAUCGUGCCCUCGCAGCAGAUCGACGACGAGGACGCUCUCGACGUGGCCGCGUCGUCCGCCGCCGCCGCCGCAGCCGCCUCCGCCGCCAAGGAGUGACCUGGCGGGCUCUGCAGCUGAGGGGCGCCGCGACAGACCGACUGACCAAUCGCGAAAACCGUCACCGCCGUGGCUGCGAGUCGUGCAGCAUGAGAGACACGCUACAUACCGCUGGUUCACACUAGCCAGUUCAUUAAAUCCAGUCGCCUGUGACUCAGUGGCUAAAUGUUCCCGAACACACUUAUUAAUCACAGUAGCUCCGCAAAAUUAUUUGUUUAUCUUUCGAUUCAGAAAUUAUAAUGCGUUUGCUCCUCUCCGUUAAACAGGGCGGGCAAAAUAUAGCUGAUCUUGAAAAUAUUUUGUGUACCAUACGAUAGGCAGCCCUAACUUACUUAUAUCAUCCACUUACCGAGUGGAUGAUACAACUUGGGUUGCCAACCUUAAGGUGCAUAAAAUGUUUUCUGGUCCAGUUUUUCUUCCCCCCCCCCCUCCCCCCCAAACCUGUAUUGAAGUGCCAUCCUGUCUGGUGAUACUUGUCAAAUGUGGCAGUGUAAGAUAACCUUCAUGAUAUCUUUGAUUAUUAGGUUAUAGUUUUGACUUUCUCCUACUGACAGUUACCUAUAACUGUCAAUCAUCGUUAUCACUGAAAUUCAUUAUUUUCGUUGGGAUGGCUAAACAGGAAAUGGUUAUUUAUUGCUCCAAACAGCUUACUGUAUACGCAUCACACGCAAUGAAUAUAUGGAUAGUAAAUAUAUAUAAAUCACGUGCCAGGUGACAAUGUAGUCUUUUCACGGAAUGUACAAGUGGAGACUCGAAUAUGAAGGGCUUAUUUCAAUAGUAGUACAAGUCCAUUACCUCCACUUUUCUGUCUAUAAUGCUUCUGACAUUAAUGGUCCAAACAAACAGAAAGAAAGGUUCAUCUCUAGCAAGAAGCCAUAUGCUUGAAUAUUUCUGGUACCUCAACUGCAGAUUUUUCAGCGCUCAUUUAACUUUAGGACUCUGUAUCUCAGAAUAAACAAUAAUGGACUUGUGCCACUACUGAAAAUAGCCCUUCAUAUGUACCCUUGCACCAACUCACCGAAUGACCAGACUUGGUCAGGUAGGAGUACAUUCUAAGUUUUCUAAGUCCACCAGUAACUCCUCUUCAUUCAGCUCUUCCCUAACAGUUAUCUCUCUCGCAUUUAUGGAUCGGCAAUGACGGAUUGUUGUAAUGGAGACAUGCCAUUUGAGUUUGUCACUAUUUACGUGCAACAUGAUUCUUGUGGUAUGUGUGUUGCUCAGCGUAAAUAUCCCACUACAUUCUCAGCUGCUUAGUAGCAAAAUCAGUGAGAACAUUAAAAUAUCAUGGGAAGGAGAUUGGAAUGAAUUACUGGCCACUGGAUUAAAUUACUAGAUUACUGUGAACCAGCCUAUUGUACCAGCUCCCCUUUAGUUUCUCAUAGGAAAUCGGGUUGUUGGAGCAAUAAUUUGCAACCAACAGGCGGUAUGACGAAUUUUUUUACCACAGUGGUAUUUUAUUAUCAGCAAGGCAUAAUCAGAACAUUUUCUAACCUCUUCAGAUACAUCGUUCUCAACUAAAUUACAGCAUUUCAGACCAGGUAAAAGUUCCUUUUAGUUACCCAUAUUUAUCGACAUUUCUGGGUGCUGUGACAUAUUCCAAGUCUUUUUCAUAACACAUUAACUUCAUUUAAUAUUACAAAGACGUUUUUUUCUAUAGCAUCAUACAGCAUAGAGUGGUCUUGAGAAUUAAAUGUCAUUUAGUCAGUUACACCAUUUCUAAAGCAUGUAACUUGACUGUGGUCUGUGUAGGAGCAAAUUAAUGCGAAGCAGACUGUAGCAAACACUUAUUUAGAAAAUUAUGUCGCUUUUCAUUCUCAUUCGGGGAUAAUGUUUAUGCUGGCACGAAUUUAACAUCUUCUGAAUAUUUAGUGUUUCUAUUCCUUACCUAUUAUAUUAUCUGGGAAGUAGUAGUCAUCACCCUCAGAGCAGUGAUUUCACUAAAAUUAAGCAUUCCUAAUUGGAACAAUUUCGUCUUCAGUAAGUAAUUUUCAUUCAUCAGCGGCUGUGAAAGCCUUGCCUGCAACAGUAUCAGAUAACAAGACAGUGCUCUGAAAAGUUCUUCAAAACCCACAAAUGCAUGUCUGAAGCUGACUUAUGAAAUUCGAAACCAAACACAACCAUUAAAUGUACUUUUUCUGGGAUGUGAAGAAUGGUAGUGAUGAAUAUCUAGAUUCUCCUUUUACUUAAAUGAAUUAUCGUCUAUCUAUCAUGGUUUAAAGUACUGAUACCUGCCAUUAAUAGACGGGAAUAAAAUGAACAUCAAUGAAACACUUUCAUUGAAAGUAUGGUGUUCCGUGCAUUCUGUAGAAAUAUCUGCUUGAUGUGUCUUUUUCUCUUUUUUUCCCUGUGAUGUCUGUAACUUACUAUCCCAAAUUCUGAAAAAUGAGUCAACCACUGUUUUCACAUCUCCUAGUCUUCUUGUUUGUAUAGUAGUAAGAUUCAAUUUGCAGUCGGGGAACCCUUCAUCACAUGUUACAUAAUCUUUUCAUUUAUCAUUAUUUUAAAUAUUUUUCAUCAUGUGUAGCGUAAGCAUAGGCAGCGUAUGUUAAGUUUGGACGAUACACAUAACGUAGGAGGACAUUCAAAUGUGUAGGUGGGGACAGUAUAUUUAAGGUUGAGAGGUGAUACUUGUACCUGUAACUACCUGUAAAUAAGUUAUUUUUACUCUGUCAUAGUGUUAAUACUUCACUGGAAUUUGUACAACAAUAUAAACUAAUCAUUUUUACUUUUUUUACUCACAUAAUCGUUUUUUAAUUCUGUUAACAAAACAGAACUCAUGUGUAUAGAGAAGUUGUACUAUUUUUAUAAUAAAGA